AUGUACCUCCGCGCAGUACACGCCGAGACACACAUCCCCCUCCUCCAACAAUUCAUCCGCGACAACCCCCUCGGCAUCCUCACCACAGCCAUUAAAUCUUCCCAAGAAUCCUUCAUCCAAUCCAGCCACAUCCCCUUCAUCCUCGACAUCCCCUCCACCGACCCCGACACCCCCGGCGUUCUGCGCGGUCACAUCGCCCGCGCAAAUCCCCAAGCCAAAGCCCUCAUCGAAUCUCUAGCCUCGCACCAAGAAUCCGGCCAGGACACCCUCGAACUCCCCGACGAAGUCCUCAUCCUCUUCAACGGCCCUCAUCACCACUACGUCACGCCCAAGUUCUACACCGCGACCAAGCCCGCAACGGGGAAGGUCGUCCCGACCUGGAAUUAUUCCGCGGUCCAGGCCUACGGCAAGAUAACCGUACAUGGCAACCCCAAAUCCGCAGAGACGGGCGCGUUCUUGCAGAUGCAGCUGGAGGAUCUGUCGCGGCACGCGGAGACAUCGGUGAUGGGGUAUGAGAAGCCGUGGACUGUGGGCGAGGCGCCGGGGGCGUAUAUCGAGGUUAUGAAGAAGGGGAUUAUCGGGGUGGAGAUACGGAUUGAACGUUUACAGGGAAAGUUUAAAAUGAGCCAGGAGCUCGCGGAAGGGGAUCGGGAAGGUGUGGUUGAGGGAUUUAAAGGGUUGGGGAGUGAUGUUGGGGAUGGGAUUGCGAGGACGGUGCGUGAGAGGGCUGCGAUUAAAGAUGGAGGAAAUGGGCAUUGA